UGGUCUCCGCUUAGCAGCUGUCGCGCGUUGCAGCUUAGGGACCUGGUGAGCCCUCGCUUUCUGCUCGGUGCUACCCGUCCAGGUCCCCAGCAUGCCUGACGAGACACCCCUGGUGGCACAGGAGGCCGUGGGGUGCCCCCACCUCGAGAGUGUGCAUAGGGGGAAGGGAGCCUCGGAGAAGGAAGGGAAGGAGCGGUCAUGGAUCCGGCCCGACCUGCCGAGCAGGUGCACCUGGCAGCUGGGCAGUCCCGCCAGCCAGUCUCCACAUCACCAUACGGCCUUAGGAAGUAAUGCACAGAAGCUGCCUGGGAAACUCAGGCAGGGGGCAGCAGGUCCUUGGCCCUUGGUGACUGCCCGCUGCUUCACAGUGGCCAAGUGUGAAUUCUUCAAUGCGGGCGGGAGCGUGAAGGACCGCAUCAGCCUGCGGAUGAUCGAGGAUGCUGAGCAGGCUGGGACCCUGAAGCCUGGGGACACCAUCAUUGAACCCACAUCAGGGAACACAGGCAUUGGGCUGGCCCUGGCCGCCGCCGUGAAGGGCUACCGCUGCAUCAUCGUGAUGCCCGAGAAGAUGAGUUUGGAGAAGGUGGAUGUCCUGCGUGCGCUGGGUGCCGAGAUCGUGAGGACCCCCACCAACGCCAGGUUCGACUCCCCUGAGUCCCACGUGGGCGUGGCCUGGAGGCUGAAGAACGAGAUCCCCAAUUCUCACAUUCUAGACCAGUACCGCAAUGCCAGCAACCCGCUGGCUCACUACGAUACCACCGCCGAGGAGAUCCUGCAGCAAUGUGACGGGAAGGUGGACAUGCUGGUGGCCGCGGCCGGCACAGGUGGCACCAUUACAGGCCUUGCCAGGAAGCUCAAGGAGAAGUGUCCAGGGUGCAAGGUCAUCGGGGUGGACCCUGAAGGCUCCAUUCUCGCCGAGCCGGAGGAGCUCAACCGGACAGAUGUGACGGCCUAUGAAGUGGAGGGCAUCGGCUACGACUUCCUGCCCACCGUGCUGGACAGAACGGUCGUGGACAAGUGGUUCAAAAGCAACGACAAGGAGUCCUUCGCCUUCGCCCGAAUGCUGAUGGCCCAGGAGGGGCUCCUGUGUGGCGGCAGCUCUGGCAGUAGCAUGUCCAUCGCCGUGAAGGCUGCACAGGAGCUGCAGGAGGGCCAGCGGUGCGUGGUCAUCCUGCCUGACUCCGUGAGGAACUACAUGUCCAAGUUCCUGAGUGACCGGUGGAUGCUGCAGAGGGGCUUUAUGAAGGAGGAGGACGUGGCUGUGAAGAAGCCGUGGUGGUGGCACCUCCGAGUCCAGGAGCUGAGCCUGUCGGCCCCGCUGACAGUGCUGCCCACGGUCACCUGCGAGCACACCAUCGAGAUCCUCCGGGAGAAGGGCUUCGACCAGGCGCCCGUGGUGGACGAGGCAGGGGUGAUCCUGGGAAUGGUCACUCUUGGGAACAUGCUCUCGUCCCUGCUCGCCGGGAAGGUGCAGCCUUCGGACCAGGUCCGCAAGGUCAUCUACAAGCAGUUCAAACAGAUCCGCCUCACGGACCCUCUGGGCCAGCUCUCGCACAUCCUGGAGAUGGACCACUUUGCCCUGGUGGUGCAUGAGCAGAUUCAGUCUCAGGACCAGGCCUUGUCGGGCGUGGUGGGGGGGCCUGCAGACCACAGCCACGAGAGGUCCAGUCAGAAGCAGAUGGUGUUCGGGGUCGUCACCGCCAUCGACUUGCUGAACUUUGUGGCCACCCGUGAGCGGACCCAGAAAAACUGACUCCCAGGCGGCCAGCCAGCAGCGAGCCCGCCUUGCUCACCCCAGCCUGCCCCCUUGGGAUGGGCCCUCCAGCUCUUGUACACACUACACAGACACGCGAUUGUUCAUGGCCCGCCAGUGAGCUUCCCUGUACCAGGCCUGACCACGAACCCAAUCAGGGCUGAGCUUAUCGGAUGGAAGUCUUGCACUGCCUUAAACUGUCUCUAAGUAACGUAACACAGAAACCACGGGAGGAGAGAAGGUGGAGAGAGGGGGAGUCUUUUCCAGGGAGGAAUCGGGAGGAAAGGGGGCUCAAAACGUGUGGACAGUGUCCCCCUUGGGGCGGGGCUGGACUGGUUCUGGUGGCCCUGCCCUCAUCCUGGGGCUACAGCAGGGCCUGGGCUGGGGGGCAGGGCUUUUGUGGGGGGAUGCUGGUGGUGGCAGCUGUCCUCCACUGUCCGGUCUCUUGUGCUAACAGAAACUCCACUCUUGAGCGGCUCUGACCAACAGAGACUUACUUUCUCACGGUUGAGGGGGCUAGGGACCCAGUUCAGAGGCGUGGCUCUCGGGGAGGGCUCACCCUCUGACAGUUCUGGGGGCCAGUCCUGCCUCUCGGUGGAACGGAUGCGGCAUCUGUCCCCUCUGGAUCUCUGGUCUAACCUGCCCUUUGUCAUCAGACAUGAUCUGGGUUGGGACACAGCCUAUACGGAUGUGGUCUCCUUAAGGAAACAAAGCAAUUCCUGUUCCCAAACCAGAUCAUAGCCACAGGGUCUAGGCAGGAGGUCAGGAUUCCGACUCCCGUUUCCACCCACCAUCUGCAGGCUCGGCUUCCUCCUUCGCAUCGUCACCGCCCUGUGGGAGGCCUUCAAAACGUGGGUGGAGACAUUCGUUAGCUUUCACCCCAUUUUCCAACAAACAUGGAAGCUGCCUGAGCUCAGUCCUAGCAGGGCCCCCCUUGUAGCCCCCAGAACACUGCCCUUGACAGCAGAACUGCCGCAGCCACCUCCGGUUUCGUGCUCAGCGCCCACAUGUCAGCUCUCGCUUUCCUGGCUUCCUGCACACCUGCUGCGAUGUGGAAAUAGGGUCUCCUCGUGAGUGCUUAUCCCGCAGGGUGCCGUUCUGUUACUUUAAAUGCUGUGUGUCAUCGUCCCCACUCAGCCUUUACAGCCACUAGUCUACCAAAGGACCCCCCACGUCCCGGAAACACCAAUCUAGAGUGGGCAUGGGUUAGCACCCCGUCUGGAAGGGGCCGGGCCACCAGGUGUCCCUGGAGUCCUGGGUGGUACACACAGUUGAUGCUCUCAAGCUAACUGAAAGGUGGGUGGUUUGAGGUCACCCCAGGUGUGCCAUCAAGGCCUGGCAAUCUACUGCCUGGAGGAAACCAGACCCUGAGGACCCAGCAGGGGCACAGUCCUCCCCUGACAUGAGUAGGCUACCACACGUCACAGCAGCUUGUCAGGAUCUGUUUUAGGGUUACGUCCCGGAAGGCUGACAUGACCCACGGAAGCUUUGUUACACACUCUCAAUUACAGAAAUUGCAGUUUU